AUGAAUAUUAUUAGUUGGAAUGCUCGAGGUGCUGCGUGCACUAAGUUUAAGACUACUGUGAUGAAUUUGAGUCGUACUCAUCAUAUGGAUAUUCUAUUCAUUUGUGAGCCUAGAAUCAGUGGUGGGAAGGCUAUUGAUGUGGUUAAAUCUUUGGGGUUUUCCAAUUAUGAAAUUGUGGAUGCUAAUGGUUUUUCUGGUGGCUUGUGGUUAUUAUGGAAUGCUAGUAAAGUCACAGUUGAUAUUGUUGGUACCUCAGCUCAAUCUAUUUCUGCUUGUGUCUGUUGGCCUGGUCAAACUCCCUGGAUGUUUACUGGAGUGUAUGCUCAUCCUUGUAUUGCUAAGCGACAGAAAUUAUGGGAUUAUCUUUCCUUUGUUGGAGCUAAUCAUAAUAUGCCUUGGUUAAUUGCUGGAGACUUUAAUGAGAUGUUGAGGUUUGAAGAUAAGUUAGGAGGAGCUUCUUUAUGCAGAUUAAGAGGGUUUAAAACCUGGUUUGACAACCAUGAUAUGGUUGAUUUGGGUUUUUAUGGAUCCAAAUACACUUGGACUAAUAAAAAAGUUUUUGAAAGGCUGGACAGAGCUAUUUGUAAUUUGAGUUGGCGAAGGUUUUUUGCUGAUGCAACUGUGAGACAUCUCCCGAGGACUAAAUCAGAUCAUAGUCCCAUCAAAAUCUGCUUGGCUUCUUGUUUUAUUUCUUCCCCCCCUUCCAGACCUUUCAGGUUUGAAGCUAUGUGGCUCCAACAUGAGAAUUUUCAGGAUGUUUUUUAUGCUUCUUGGGGGUCUGUUAUUGGAUCUGCUCUAGAUAAGUCUUAUGCUUUAAUUGCUCCUUUGAAGCAAUGGAAUAUUCAAGUGUUUGGUCAUCUGAGACAAAGGAAGAAUAGGUUGUUGGCUCGCAUUGAUGGUAUCCAAAAAUCUUUGUGUUUGGGUCCAAAUCGUUUCCUUUGUAAUUUGGAACCUGAGUUAGUUAAGGAGUUUAAUGAUGUUCUUGAACAAGAAGCUGUUUUUUGGAGGCAAAAAUCUAGGGUUAAUUGGUUGCAGAAGGGUGAUAGAAAUACAAAGUUUUUCCAUCUUACAACUAUUAUUAGAAGGAGGAGAAAUAAGAUUGAAAGACUUAAGAAUAUUGCUGGUGAUUGGGUUGAGGAGGCAGUAGGAAUUAAAGCUUUAGCUGUGACUUAUUUUUCUGACCUGUUUUCUAAUGAUCAUGUGGUGGACUCUGAGAUUGGUUUUCCUAAAUUGUUUCCUGGCAUAGAUGUGGCUGAUUUGAGGCUUUUAAAUAGACCAGUUGCUUUGGAGGAAGUUAAAGCUAGUCUGUUUAAUAUUGGAGGGCUAAAAGCCCCCGGGAUAGAUGGUUUUCCUGCUUGUUUUUAUCAGAGCCAGUGGAAUCAUUGUGGUGAAGAUAUCUUUCAGAUGGUUCUUAAGGCUUUUCAUGAGUGUACAAUUCCUGAGAAGCUUAAUAUGACUCUUAUUACUCUAGUGCCUAAGGUGGAAAGUCCUUUGUCAAUGGUGCAGUUUCGCCCUAUCAGCCUGUGUUCUACUUUGUAUAAAGUGAUUUCCAAGGUUAUUGUUGCCAGGCUCAGAACUAUCUUGCCCAAUCUCAUAAGCCCUAAUCAGGUUAGUUUUGUCCAUGGUAGGCAUAUUACUGAUAAUAUUCUUAUUGCUCAAGAAUUGAUGCAUAAGUUUAAAUUGUCUAAGGGUAAAAAAGGUUUCAUGGCUUGGAAAAUUGAUCUUUCUAAGGCUUAUGACCGCCUAAAUUGGAAUUUUAUUGAGCAUGUGCUUGUGGAGUUGGGUCUGCCUCUCAAUCUAAUUAAGUUGAUCAUGAGUUGUGUUUCUACUGUGAAGUAUCAAAUAUGUAUCAAUGGAGAGCUCACUGAGUCUUUCCAGCCUAAGAGUGGUAUUAGACAAGGGGACCCUUUGUCUCCAUACUUGUUUGUGUUGUGUAUUGAAAAGUUGUCCCAUAUUAUUUUUGAGGAUGUUCGAAUGGGUAAAUGGAGACCUGUUAAGUCCUCCCAAGCUGGCCCUGCUGUCUCUCACCUCUUUUUUGCUGAUGACCUAGUUUUGUUUGCUGAAGCUACCUCUAAUCAAGCUAGAGUUUUGAAGAAUUGCUUGGAGGUUUUUUGUCAAGCCUCUGGUCAAACAGUAAAUUUUGAUAAAUCUGCUAUAUUUUGUUCUCCUAACACCUGUAAGGAAAUAGCUAAAGAAAUCAGUUGUAUUUGUGGCUCUCCUCUAACUGAAGAUCUUGGAAGGUACCUGGGUAUGCCUCUAUUGCAUUCUCGAAUUGAUAAAAGGACUUAUAGUAGCUUAAUUGACAAAGUGCAUAAAAGACUUGCUGCCUGGAAGGGUAAAUUUCUUUCUCUAGCUGGUAGAGCUACCCUUAUUCAAUCUGUUACUUCGGCUGUGCCUGUUUAUGCAAUGCAAACUGCUAAACUGCCUACUAGUGUGUGUGAUGCACUUGACAAAUUAAAUCGAAAUUUUUUUUGGGGUGGGAGUGAGAAAAGGAGCAGGGUCCAUCUUUGUCAGUGGGAUCUUGUUUGUAGGCCUAAGAGUAAAGGGGGUUUGGGUUUUAAAAAAACUGGUGCUAUGAAUCAAGCUUUGUUAGCCAAGAUUGGUUGGAGGUUGCAUAUUAAGGAUGAAGGCUUGUGGGCAAAGAUUUAUAAGGCUAAAUACCUUAAAGGCCAUUCUAUUCUUGAUGAUUCUGUGAUUUUUAGGCAGGAUUGUUCUUCUACAUGGAGAGGUGUGCUUCAUGGUGCUGCUCUUUUAAGGAAGGGUAUGUUAUGGAGAAUUGGGGAUGGUGGUACUGUUAAGUUUUGGAAGGAUAAUUGGGUUUUUGAUGCUCCUUUAAACCAAAAUGAUAGUGGUGUGCAUAUUUGUGACCCAGAUUCUGUUAUUUCCAGUUUUUACAGAGAUGGUUGGUGGGAUAUGGAGAAACUAAGGGCUGCUUUACCUGAUGAGCUGGUCCAAAGAGUUAUUAGCUGUCCUGUGGGGUUUAAUAGUGGGCUACAGGAUGCUCAAAUUUGGAAGUUUUCCUCCAAUGGGAUUUUCUCUGUAAAAUCUGCUUAUAAUAUGGUUUUUGAGGGCUCUACUUGCUCUGAUGUUGCUUGGACGUUUUUGUGGAAGCUGAGGAUUCCUCCCAAGUUGCAUAUUUUCUUUUGGCUUGUUUUUCAAGGAAAAAUUCUUUCUAAUGAGCAAAGAGUCAGAAGACAGCUAUCUUUGGAUGCUUCUUGUGGAUCGUGUCAUUGGCCUAUGGAGUCUAUACUCCAUAUUCUUCGUGAUUGUGUUAAGGCUAAGAAGGUGUGGAAUGCUCUUCUCAAUUCUAGUCAAAGUGCUAGAUUUUUUACUAUGGACUUUCAACCUUGGCUUAGAGUAAAUUUGAUGUCGAAGAUUGUUUGGGCUGAUGGUAUUCCUUGGAAUUUGGUCUUUGUUUUCACAUGUUGGUAUAUAUGGAAAUGGAGGAAUCACUAUGUGUUUCAUGGUGAUGAAGACUUGGCUUUUGACUCCAUACAAAUUAUUACUGCUGCUGUGAAGGAAUGGUUUAAAACUUCUAAUGUUUCUUUUACCAAGUGUGCUAAGGUUGAGGCUUGGUUUGCUUGGGAACCUCCUCCUGCUGGGGUCUUUAAACUGAAUGUUGAUGGCUCUAGGAAAGUUGCUUCUGGCCAUAUUGGUGCUGGAGGUGUGUUGCGUGAUGUUUCUGGUGAUUGGUGUAGUGGGUUUGCUAUUAAUUUGGGUAAAGGGCAGAUUCUAGAGGCUGAAUUAUGGGGUCUGUUCUUUGGUCUGAGGAUGGCUAUUGCGAAAGGGUUUAAUAACCUUAUCGUUGAGAUGGAUUCGGCUGUUGCUAUCCAGCUUGUUCAGCAGCAUGAUUCUCUUACUUUGCACCCUCUUGCAUCUCUGGUCUCUAGCUGUUGGCAGUUAAUGCAGCAGCUUGAGAAGUGCAGCAUGCGUCAUAUUUUUAGGGAGAAAAACAGUGUUGCAGAUCGUCUGGCUGCUUGGAGUUAUAACUCAGAUCUUGGUAUCUGCGUUUUUGAUGAGGCUCCAAGUUGGAUUGGGACUUCUUUGGUGGAGGAUUUGUUAGGGGUGUCUAGGCCCCGGUUGAUUUGUGUUGGUUAG